AUGGAAUCCUGCCAUAAGAAGAAGCUAUUUAAUCCUACGUCGUCCAUUCACAUCCACGAACGGAGUAAUCAAAGAAGCUUGGAUCAUCAUAGUCAUAGUAAUCAUCGUGUUCAUGAACGUAUUCGUUCAAAUAGUGCUAGUAGUUAUUCAGCUCGUGAUGAUCACGAAUGUGAUGAUGCCUCCAUGUCAAAUGACGCGUCCAUGUCAUCCUCAUCAUCCUGUUCUUCGUUUGAAAUGGAUAAUAUCCAAUCUCCGUCUCAGAAUCAGAAAUUCAAGUCCAAUCCUUCGCGUCACGAGACAAGUUCAUGUAAUGAGUAUACACGACAAUUACCAUAUCAUCCAACAGGAAUAGGACCAGGAUUAGGUGGAUCGUGUUCUCCAUUACGUACAAGAAACUUUUCAUUUGAUGUGGUAGCGUCGUCGUCGUCGUCUUUAUUUCCUGACUCACUCCCGCUUGUAUCGAGAUUACGUAAUCCACAAAUGUGGCUAUUGGUUCAAUUUGCUCCUGCCAUGUCCAAGCGAAUACUGGAAAGUCUUGAUUCUAGUAUUGAGAUGGAAGAUGAAGAAAGUUUUCAUCCAGAUAUCGACGAGAUCAAUGAAGGAUUUCAUCCGAUGGCGACUCAUCAAGAACAAGAACAAGAGCAAUUGAAGAAUCGAUCAAGGAAUCGACGUGUGCCAUGGGCAUCGUCUUGUGCUUGGAUCGCAUUACCAGAAGGUGUACGUUUAACAUGUGCAAGAAAUGAAGUGACGGGGGUGCAAUUGAGGUUGAAAUCCAAUGUCGCAUUUCUAUUAACAACCGAUACAAGCAAUUGGAUGCUACCACUUGGUCAUGGUCCAAGAGCUCGUGUAGCCAUUGAUACACGAUUCAUUCCACCACAUUUGCUGAAAAUUGAAGUCUAUGUCGUUGGAUGUGUGGAAGAUGAAAAUUCUAAUCUUGUCAUGGAAACAUUGCAACGUACGGGUGUGAGUAACAAAGCAGCCAAGGAACAUGCAGUAUAUUUACGAAUACGUGUUGGAGAAAAGCUUGAACCUGGAGUCUAUGAAUUGCCGUUGCGUGUAUUCACACAAGAUGCGGGUUUUUGUGAUGAAUACUUGACAUGGUCAAGCAGCUUUGCAGUGAGUGUUGUGGACGUGCAACUCCCAACGCCAAGGAAUUGGCACUUUCGACUAGAUCUGUGGCAGCACUGGACGGCCCUGGCACGUGGACACCAUGUGUCGUUGUGGAGCAACCGGCAUUUUGAACUAAUUGAUCGAUACAUGGCUCUACUAUCGGAAAUGGGUCAAAAGUGCUUAUCUGUUGUUGCCACUGAAAUGCCAUGGGCAGGUCAACAAUGUUACAUGGAAGCGCAGAAUGCGUCAGCUUUGUUUGAACAUGCCAUCUUGGAAGUAUAUGAAGACCCUGCUCACGGCGUUCCGGUUUCGAUAGACUUUACACAUUUUGACCAGCUGCUGGUGCUAGGGGCUCGCCAUCAUCUGGACCAUGAGAUUGAAGUGUUUGGUCUUCUUUCAGUGUGGCGCGAUCCCGUUGCAGGGUUUGGUGCCCCAGCUGAGCUCACUACUCACCAUCUUCGACCACCUUCAACCGCGUCUGCUCCAGAUUCGGCUUCCGUAGCUGAUGUGCGUCAUCAAACUGCUUUGGGCGAUUCUGGAGUGACUACUCCGGCUGCUGGAACGCAAAAGCCUGAUGAGCUAGGCCAAGAGCACCGCCAAUCAUCAUUGCCACCGCCUUCUCUUUCAGCUGCCACUUCUCAAGAUCCGGUAUUUGUGAUCGAUGGGUGGCGCAUCCGGUGCCAGGACCGCACAACUCAGUGUGUCCGCUAUCUGCGACGCGUUUCUGAGAUUGAAACGUUUAUUGAGCAGUUCUAUGCACAUUGCGUAGCGUUAAAAAUUGCCGAUCGUGUACGGAUAUGUGCUGAUGAACCUCGCGAGGUAGCAGUAUUUCACGAGCAACUGCGCUUUAUACAGCGUUUGGCUCCCACUUUCCGUGUCAAGCUGGCCGUGAACCACUCGGAGUUUUUCACUCCUACUUAUGCUCCACCUCAGGUAGCGGAUUAUGUGCCACUCCUGCCUCUUGUUUGUGCUGAUCUAGACGUAACGCGUCGGUUGGCCAACGAUGCUCGUGCCCGUGGAGGGCACGUCUGCUGGUAUGUUUGCUGUGGCCCAGCUUUUCCAAACCAGUUUGUGUCAUCACCACUUGUCGAAGGCGAGCUCGUUGGAUACCUCACAUUUUUCUUCGAGCUUGAUGGUUUUCUGCGUUGGAAUUACUGUCUAUGGCCUGAUCGGCCAUGGGAUGAUCUUCGGUGGCGUGCUUCAAUGUGGAAAGUGGGUGACAUGUACUUUGUGCUUCCUGGACAAGACGGUUGGCCUGUGGAGACGCUCCGUUUGGAGUCCUUGCGUUUUGCGGGUCAAGCAUUUGAAUUGUUACGUCUUGCACAGGAAACGUUACCUCCAGCGCAGAUGCAGCAGCUCCAGCGCACCAUAACGGAACAGAUUUUACGGUCCAAUGACUUGGAAGAGUUUGGUCGAAAUGCCCAUUGUGCCCGUGAAGAUUUAUAUUCCGUUGAUCCACUCGACUAUCAGCGUGCCAAGACAAUUAUCUUGAAUACACUUGCAGCAGCUGGAGCAGUCAAAGACAGUGGAGUAUGA